AUGGCUGCUGACCUUGCAAUACAGUACCGUGAGAUCAACGAUAAGAGCAAUCCCUGCUACUUCAUCCUAAUGUGCCCUUUCGCCAUGCGCACUACUGGAGCAAUGAGCGGAAUGAAAAGCCAAGAUUGGCGAGCUAGCCCUGUCAUUCGUAAUUGCAAGCAGCUUUCCCCGGCCCUCUCUAUCAGUGCCCUCAGCUCCUCGUCUGGUCCUUUCCUCUUGAGCACAAGCACCAAAUUGACCAACACAAAAGGGCCUGGGCCUGGGCGCAUCUGGCAUCCCCACAUCCGCAUCUUAGUGCGCGCACUAAGGGUGCCAGGCGCCGGGCGGGCAGAGGAUGUGCUCCACGCCACCCUGGGGAACAUGAGCAAGGUUGACGGGCCUGUUAGGUUGCGGAUUGCAGCCGUCGUAUCUGUGUGCCCAAUCCAGUCAACGAGCGCGUGCGACUCGGCUGUCGAGAUUGGCCCAGCACAAAAGUGCCAUGCUUUUCGCUUUUCAGCUUCGGUCGGCUCCGCCAUUCCAAUUGAUGUGUCUGAUGAUAAGCUUAAGGUGAGCUCCGACGACGCCAAUGCGAAACUGAGCCUGGCUCACAGCUUGCCAGCCUGGCUCCUUCGCUGUCCUCCGACAGUCAUCUAUCUACAAUUGAGUCUUUGCGCGCGCAAGACUGAUCCCUCGAUGCCCGUUACGGAAGAGCCAAGUGACCAUUAUCAGAAAUAUAUGCGAGAAAGGGAUAUGCCCAGCAUCCCCGUCGGCUCCCGCAUUGAGAGCGGAAAUGAUUAUCAAUGGGCUGAGACGCUACCACGUGUGGUCUCCGCCCCCAGAUCCAACAUCGCGGACCGCCGCAUUCGCAGAGUGGCAACGACAUUACCUUACUCCGUACUCCGUAAAGAUAGAGCCUUAGGAACUCGCAACUCCACUCCCGGAUAUUCGGAUCACAUUUUCGUACUCCAUACACAGCAAGCACAUGACGGGCGCUGGGUCUCACUCUUGACUACUGGGAAACAGAUUUCCCACGAAUUGACAUCUAUCCAUGUUCGUACAGUUCAAGUAAUUCUGUUCAAUGAUCGUUACGUCAUUUUCAUUAAUGUAAUUUAUCCACUUAUUUUUCUCCAGGAUGUGGAUGAAAAAGUCUUCAUACUGAUCGCGAAGGAACAGGCCUCCGUCCUAAGAUCCUACGAACUACUUUCUACUACAUAUUCCCCGGGCCGUACCGUUGAAUCUACAUUUGGCGAACGACGAUGCCUACAACUGAGUCUUAUGGGAGCCGGCGAUGCAGAGAUUGAAUUUUAG